AUGGAGUUCAAGUACUCUACCGUGAUCGAUCCCACCACGUAUAAAACACACGGUUUGUGUGAUGGGAUUGAUCUCAGAUGUCAUGAGAGCCCUGAGCUUGAGGAGAUCGAGACAUUGAGAUGUCAAGAGAACUGGCGGGAAUGGGUUGGUCCACUUGGGUUCUACAAGGGUGGUUUGGGGCCACGAUGGAAUUUCAUGGCCAUCACCAUUCCAGAGUGCUUGCCUGAGCGGCUCGGUGUGCUGGGAUAUGCCAACGAGCUUGCCUUUCUACAUGAUGACGUCACAGAUGUGGCAGACUAUGGAGACAUACAUAACGAUGAUUUGAAAGCUGCCUUUGAAGAAGCCGCCAGUACUGGACGCAUUGAAGGGUCUACCUCUGGAAAACGCGCGAUUCAAGCCCACAUCGCAAAUGAGAUGAUAAAAAUCCACAAAGAGCAUGCAAUUGCAACGCUGGAAGCGUGGGCCAAAUUUGCAGAGCUUGGGUCGGGACGCCAGCACACCACACACUUCAAAACAGAGAAAGAGUAUAUUGAGUACCGCAUGAUCGAUAUUGGCACGAUGUUUUGGUAUGGCAUGGUCACUUUUGGGAUGGGUAUUAGAAUUCCCGAAGAAGAACUGGAGAUGUGCCACGAGCUGGCUAACACUGCCUAUUUGAAUCUGGGCCUCACAAAUGACCUCUACUCCUGGCAGAAAGAAUAUGAGACUGCAGUGGCUAUGGGUCGAGACUACGUUGCCAAUAUAAUUGGAGUUCUCAUGGAGGAGCGUAAGGUCUCCGAGGAAGUGGCCAAAGAGAUCUGCCGGGAAAAGAUCAAAGUAACCAUCGUCGACUUCCGCAAGAUUGUCGCUGAUACCAAGGCUCGAGACGAUGUAUCCCUGGACACGAAGCGAUAUCUAGAAGGUCUGCUGUACAGUCUGAGUGGAAAUCUGGUUUGGAGUAUCGACUGCCCCAGAUACCAUCGGUGGUCCUCGUACAACGAGCAUCAGCUUGAUUGGAUGAAGAAUGGCAUUCCCAAGAGCCCCAAAGUCUUUCCAAAAUCCAAUGCGGUGUCCAACGGGCUGUCCAAGGGUACGGAAAAGAUUGUCUCUAAUGGACAUGUGAAUGGCAAUGGUGCUGUCCAUGGUUCGGCUACCAAUGGUGUCACGAAUGGGAACGGUGCCACUCAUGCCCCAGUGUCCAAUGGUACCAAUGGUAGCACAGGCCUGAAACAUCCAUUCAGUCUGGACGUCGACACUGACUUGGUGAACGUUUUUGCACGGAAGGAAUACAAAGCCAUCGGUGCCCCGAAGCUGCAGGAGGGAGAAGGAUAUCUUUCAGCGCCCAGUUCAGGACCGAAUGGUGAUGUUAUCAUCCAGAAAACCCCGGAGAUUGAAACCAAGGUCAUCCAAGCUCCUUACGACUAUAUUAGCUCUCUGCCAUCAAAAGGAGUCAGAGAUCAAGCGAUCGACGCUUUGAAUGUCUGGUGCCGUGUCCCUGCUUCGAAGGUUGACCGAAUCAAAUUGGUAACCAACAUGCUUCAUAACACUUCUUUGAUGUUAGAUGAUAUAGAAGAUGGCUCGACUCUUCGGCGCGGAAAACCAUCAACACAUACGAUCUUCGGAGCUGGCCAGACAGUGAAUGCAGCCAACUACCAGAUCAUUCAUGCUCUGGAAGAGGUACAGAAGCUUGGGGACAAAGAAAGCGUCCUGAUUUUCACUGAGGAAUUGAAGAACCUCUAUAUCGGUCAAAGCUUGGAUUUACAUUGGACCAACAACGUGAUCUGCCCGACUGUUGAUGAAUACCUCCGUAUGGUGGAGCACAAAACGGGUGGACUGUUCCGACUCUUCGGCCGCCUCCUAUCACUCCACUCGACCAACCCGGUCAAGGCCGAUCUAACUAGUCUUCUGGAUAAUUUUGGACGGUACUUUCAAACGCGCGAUGAUUACUCCAACCUCACUUCUCCCGAGUACACUAAGCAAAAGGGAUUCUGUGAGGACCUGGAUGAGGGAAAGUUCUCGCUUCCAGUCAUCCAUAUGAUGCUUUCCGCUCCAUCCAACACUGUGAUCCGCAAUAUCUGGACUCGGCGGUUGGUCAACGACCGGGCCAGUCUGUCGCAUAAACAGACUAUCCUGGAGCUGAUGAAAAAAGGGGGAAGCCUACAGUUUACAGAAGACGCGUUGGACAUGUUACACACCCAGGUAGAAAAGAACAUCUCCCACCUCGAGGGCAAGUUCGGGGUCCAGAACUUCCAGUUGAGACUGAUCCUGGAGAUCCUGCGGAAGAAUUAG